AAUAGAUUCAAUGAAGACGGUGGAGAUGGGGGUGGCGCUGUCCACCUACUUACACGCCAAAGUAGCAUGGCCGCUCCAAUCGGCCGUGCUGGGGCGUGACUACACCCAUGUUCAGUCCCAGACCCAGCACUUGAUCUCGAAAACACAGCCAAAGGCGACGGACAAGGGGCCGCUCAUCGGAGGGGUGGUGGUGAACCCCCUCAACAACACGCUGCUGGUGUGCGACGUCCAGCACGCGUGCGUCCGCGUCUUGGACGCGGCGACCCUGCAGCUGCAACACACGAUCGGGGGGAAAGGGGGCAACCCUGGCAAGUUCCUCGAGCCGCACUGCAUCGCAAUCAACGUCACAGGGACUAUCGCUGUGUCAGACGCCAAGGUGAACCGCAUUCAAGUGUUUUCCAUGCAUCACACGCUGCUGGCCCACUUCGGUCGCUUCGGGUCGGAUAAGGGCCAAUUCAAUCACAUUCUGGGCGUCGCGUUUACGCCUGACGGACACAUUGCCGUGGCAGACAGCGGCAACCAUCGCAUCGUGUUGGUCACGACCACCGGCCGCGUCCUGUCGGUUCUCGGUGCGUUUGGUUCAAAACCCGGCGAGUUUCAGGCGCCCGUGGCCGUGGCGAUCAAUCGAUGGGGCGACCUGUUUGUAUGCGAUCGAGACAACCACCGCGUCCAAGUGUUUGGCGCGCGGACUACGCUGCAAUUCCGCACCCUCUGGGGGAACUCCACUACGAUGCAACACCCGUGCAGCAUCACUGUGGGCUGCGAAGACGACGGCGACAUCGUCGUGGCCGAUCACACCAAGGUGUUUGUGUUCUCCCAAGUUGGGUUCUUGUCGCACGUGGUGGCCAUCCCCGACGUCCACGGCGUGUGCUUUGUCCGACAGCAGCUCGUUCUCACUCAAAACCCCAACCGCCUGCACCUGUGUGCCCCGUACAGACUGGUGGCGGCGGGGCCGUGGAUGGCCAAGAUUCCAACGUGUGUGUUUGUCACGGUGUUGUCAUAUGUGUCGUACGUGGACUCCAUCUCCCUCCGCCAAACCAACAAGUAUUACCACCGCGUGUGCAAGGCCCGUCGAGAUGCGUGGCAGCUGCAUCCGUUGACGCCAGGCACGCCCGCCGUGAUCCGAUACGGCAAAGUGGUGGCUCCAUCGACGGGGUUGCUGGCCGUGCACGAUUUGUACUCGAAGUGGGGCGACCACGUCCACGCGACGAUUGCUCUGCACGACCGGCAUGGCCUCGAUGUGAGCUCGACGUUCCACGGCGCCAUCUGCGAGUACUUUGGCCCGAUGUUCUGGUUCCAGCAUGAGCACGCGCUGCGUGCGAUGUUUGGCUUUUACGCCCAGAAGCGUGAACAAAGCAUCACUCGAGUCGUGCUGCUUCGAAGGGAGUUCGUCCACCUUGUCACAGAGCUCGUGGAAAUUCAAGCGGGGUUCCUGCAGUGGUCGCAAAGUCAGGCGUUUUCAAAGGAUGCCGAGGUCCCAGACCCCCGAUGCGACCGUGUGCACCGCCUCGAACGACUCGAACGAACCCAGGCCUUCCAGCUGGAUAAACUCAUGUUAAAACUUAAGUCCAUGGGCUAAAUAGGCGCUGGUGUGUCAUGCAAAGUACGCAGCAUCGAUCACGGCCGACGGCGAUGCCACGGACACGUGCACAGUGUCCUUGUAGAGAUCCCACUCGACAAAGCAAGUGCCGUGAUGACGUGAUGACGACGAAGACAGUCUGGUGGUGGUGGAGCAUCGCGCCAUAUUCGGCAAGUUGACCCGAAGGCGCACUAACGACGGACUCUUAAGACUGUCAUAGCCAAAUACAUGCGUACAUGUCGAUGCUGCGCCUGAUUCCAACGCCUCAUUCAAAUCUCGUUGAACUGAAAUUGAACACAAGUACCACGUUCCAUGAAGAACGAACGCAACGGUCAACGACGCGACCACAAAUGCAAAUGGACAUGCGUUUUCGAGUUCAAAUACAGCCUACGAGAAGCAUAUCCAACGUGGCUGAGCUAAUGCAGAUAGA